CUUAUGGAGUUGCUUGACAGAAUUAGAUAUAAUAGAUCUAAUUAUUUAUUUCACCAGUGACAAAGCGUAUUAGCUCUUCUAGAUUUAUUUUAGUCUUGUUUAGGUCUACAGUCACGGGAGCAUACUCUUGUUCACAUAAAAAAAAAAAAAAUAUUUCCCAUUUAAAAAGAAUUACACUAAUUUAGAAUCUAGAUCUAGAUUCUAGAUCAUCACUCAUCAGUAGAGGUCUAGACUAACUAGAGUAGAUGACUAGAUCUACAUCUAGACCUAGAUAUAGAAUAAUAUAGAUCUUAUCAUUCUAUGCACUGAACUCAAUCACCAAUUUUUACUUGAUUAGUUGUAGCGAAGUAAGGACUGUCGAGAAAUCAUCAUGGCAUUGUCAGCAAGUGAAGCACAAAAGUUUUCUGAGGAGUUGUCUUGGUGCAUCACACAGUUAGAGCUGGGCUUGAUGCGUCAAUCUCCAGAUUCUAAGCAAGUUGCAGAAACUGUUAAGGUCUUAAAAAUUUUGAAAAGUUCUAAAGCUCCAAUGGUUAAAAAGAGGCAAGCUAUGAGAAAUGCUUUGGGAGAUUACAGGAAGAAAAUGAAAGAUGCAGAGAACAAAGCUUUAUCAGGAUUGCGGCAUUCAAAAUUCAAAUCGAUUGACUCACAGAAAUCGUCAAGAAAUUCCAAGUAUCUCAAACAGAGUCACUCUAAACAACUCCACCUUGUCAGCAACCAACUCACCAACCUAAACCUCACCAAUUCACAGCCCAAUACCACUGGCCAGUCCAUCGAGUCCCAUGACUUGGACUCUCAGCCUAGCAGCAGUUAUUCUUCAGAAAAGAAAUAUACAUUCUUCAAAUAUGUGCCCUCAGAUAACUCAUUCUGUUUUGGUUUCGAUCCAGAUGGUGGCGACCAGCCCUCUGAAGAAAUGUCAGAGGCGCAACAAAAGGAAAAAAGUGAACCCACCGACAAUUUGAGUUCUAAAGAUAGUGUUUACAAAUUUGAAAAAUCCUUCAAUGACUUUACAUUUAAUUUUGAUGCAACAGAAUGUGGAUCUUAGCAAGCCAAGACUGCAUUUAAAAUUUUAUUUGGAAAUGUGUGUUUUUUUAAUAACAAGAAGAAGAAGAAGAAUUGUAUUUUUUUAAACUGUAUGCAUGACUAUUGGCUUUUUAAAAAUGUUAUAAAUGUUUUGAAAGUGUUCGUCAGUCAAUUUUAUAACUCGUAGUCACGACUGUUUGUGCUCAGUGAAUUGAAUGUAAUUUCAUCAAUUAAUAUCA